CGCCGGCGCAGCAGCAUCAGUAAACGACCAGCUCUCGCGAGGUGCGCACACGCAACGCUCGCUGUCCACAAGCCCAAUAAAAGAAAUAAGCCAAGAAAAAGCUCCACGAAAUACCGCAGCAACAUGUAUCUGGAUACGAAAAACAUGACAACCAAUGCAAGCAACAACACUUCAGUUGUGACGGCAGCAGCACUACCCACGAACUCAAAGUCCACACGACGUAUGCGCAAAGUUUGGCAGCCGCUGCGUCGCCUGCUGAAAGUGGGUGGCAAAGGUCGCACCGCCCAGCUGACCUUGGCCCAUCCCAACAAUGUGGAUCUCAACAACACCCAGCAACAGCAGCAGCAACUGGAGCUGCUCGUCGAGGAGGAGGCCAAGUCAACGGUCGAGGAGUCUAUCCACAAAUAUGGACUGGAACUGCGACACUUGCCCGAGGAGGACGAGGUGUCCAUUAUGCAACCCCCCAACACACCCACCUUAAUUAGCAGUGUUUACGUGGACAAGGUCAGCGCCCAGAGCUGUAGGGCCUGCCAGCAUGGACGCAACUGCCAGCACAGACACCAUAGCAGCAACUUAAACAACAUCAGCAGCAGCAGCAGCAGCAGCAGCAGCAUUAACGCCAGCAACAUCAACAGUAGUAGCCCACCAAAUGCAACACAGUUGUCCAGUAAUCUCUGGGAUCUUCAGUUGCCCCUCCAGUACAUCAGCACCGACAACGGCACCUUCUUUUGGGCCAACACCCAGGAGCGAGUGGACGAUGAUCUCCUGCAUGCCCUGCUCUGUCAGAGCUUCAGUCAACUGCCGGGAACGCUCUGCUAGUUGCACUUCCCACCCACAACAAACCUCAACCCAUUACCUAAAAGAUCUCAAGUUCAUGGUGGUUAUACCCCCAUUUAUUGUAAUUUCAUUUAUUUAUUUCCCUGCGCAAUAUUUACGUUGUUAAUGUGAUACUAAUUUGCAUGUAAAAUAAAAUACAAACACUCAAUUUGUACCAUACAAA